AUGACACCUACAGCCACAAUAGCUAACGAAAAUUUCGAACUGGUUAGUCAACUGGUUAGUAAGCAGAUCAAUCAAUCAUUAGAGCAACCAUCUUCUCCGCAAGUUAAAAUGCUCGGCCGUCAGUUAUAUAAUAGUAUUGGGCAGCCAAAAACGAUUGUGGCACCUAUGGUGGAUCACUCUGAGUUGGCAUGGAGAAUUUUGUCUCGUAGAUAUGGUGCUGACUUGUGCUAUACACCGAUGUUCCACUCUAGAUUGUUUGCGACUGACCCCAAAUACCGCCAAAGCAUGUGGAAUGAAAAAGAUGGCAGUCGCGAUAACGAUCGUCCAUUGAUUGUUCAAUUCUGUGCUAAUGACCCAGAUUAUUUAUUGCAAGCAGCAAAAUUAGUGGAAAACCAGUGUGACGCUGUGGAUCUCAACUUGGGCUGUCCCCAAGGUAUAGCAAGAAGAGGAAAAUACGGAGCAUUUUUAAUGGAUGACUGGGAACUUGUACAUAAGCUUAUUCGCACGCUACACGAUAACUUGUCUGUGCCCGUUACUGCAAAAAUUCGUGUUUACGACGAUUGGGAAAAGUCGUUGGAAUAUGCAAAAAUGGUUUUGGAUGCUGGUGCACAAUUUAUAACAAUACAUGGACGAACAAGGGAAAUGAAAGGUCAAAACACGGGUCUCGCGGAUUGGAAAAUCUUGAAACACCUUCGAGAUAACUUGCCAGAGGAUCAGGUCUUUUUUGCAAACGGAAACAUCUUGUACCCGUCAGAUUUAAAGAGAUGUGCGGAUGAAGUUGGCUGUGAUGCGGUUAUGUCGGCGGAAGGGAACUUGUACAACCCUGGGGUUUUUUGGACUAAGGAUAAUGACAUUGAAAAACAGUUUCCAAGAGUUGAUAAAUUACUUCGAGAGUAUUUCGAAAUUGUCAAAGAAGUUGAUAGUCCUGCUUCAACACACGUGAUUAAGUCACACUUUUUCAAGCUUUUAAACUCAUUUUUAAAAGUUCACACAGAACUAAGGCCAAAAAUUGGAGGUACUAGUGUACGCCAGCCAUUCGAAGAUUGGAACAAGAUUGUGGAGGAAGUAGAACAAAUUGUGGAGGAGAUUUACAACAAGCCAAACAUCAAGGAGAUUGACGUUAUAGAGGAUGGGCCUGUUGAAAGUUGGGGUGGCCAUUACAAGAAAGUUCCUUAUUGGAGGUGUCAACCGUAUUUUAGAAAAAUCAAUGGAGAAAUGCAAAAUACUAGGAUGCUGAAAAAGUUUGCAGAAGAAAAAGGAACCAGUAGUAAAAUUGCUGCUGAUUCUGUUGCUGAUAAGGAGAAUAGAGAGAAUGGGGAGAAUGGGGAGGAGACUCAAGGAGAAACUAAACAGUGCAAACGCGCAUUGGAAACAGAGGACAAUUCAGAGCUGGGACCAUUAGCAGAAAACAAAAAGCAAGCAGUCUAG